GCAUCCUCCACCGCACGACCCCGGGGCCGCGGCCGUGGCCGAGUCCGCCUGGGCGAGCAGAGUGACCGCAAGGCCUUGCUGGGCCGGAUCGGCUGCGACAAACCCACUUAGACCAAGAUAGCCUGGAGCUUGUUCUUUCUCUCUUUUUUUUUUUCCCUUUCUGUUCUUUUUCUUUUUCAUCUUCAUUUCCAAUCCUUCACGUCUUGUCGUUUAACGCUAUCACGGAUACGAGCAUGGACCUUUGAUGUGCGCAUGUGCUGACCGACCUCUCUCCAACCGACGCAACCACGACUUUACCUCCCUUACUUACCUACUACUUACUUUAUCAAUUAUGUUCCCAAUACCACAUCUGUCAGUCAUAGCGUCUGUCAGCCGCCAGUUACCCACCCACAUAACCACCAACUUGCUUUCCCGAAAUUAAAUCCGUUAUUCAUCUUCGUGUGCAUGCGCGUCUUCGUUUUUGAUUGAUUGAUACCAUGGGCUUGGUCGGUCUUUGUUUAUUCUUUUUCAUUUUUUAUAACUUCUUUUCUUUUCCUUUUCCUUUUCCUUCUGAAAGGAAAUGAAAAAAUGCGCUGCGGAUUUGUUUUUCUUGUUCUUUUUCUUUUCUUUUCUUUUUUUCCAUCAGUAUCUGAGAUCUUAUAUCUGAUAUGUAUGUUAUAUCUGGUAUUAUCUCGCUUUGCACGAAAUGUGGAUGGAUGCACGGGUUACGUCUUUAAGAACCACGACAACUAAACUACAGUCACAGUCAAACAGUUUGUCUAUCUAUCUAUCUAUUUAUACCUGCUUUGCUUAUAUUUUUAACCUUAUUUUCGUCUUGAUUUUCUCACUCAUCAGUCAUGCUUGUUAUUCGUUAGAUUCUACUCAUAGCUUUUACCAUGGGUCUUGCUGAUCAAAAG